CCAUUCUCGAUCUUGACUCGAAAACAGAGUUGCUUUGCGAGGCAUACCCACCGAAGGUUUCAACGCGUCUUGUCCAUGCGCAAGCGUAUCUUUUAAAAAUACAUUCGGCUUUUGUCCCGCGAAUGUUGCGGACUUCGGGCGCGCUGUGUUUGUGCUCCGGUGAAGUGGAAUGAAAUAAAAAUUCAAACUCGGAACAAAGUGGUGUUAUUCGACGAAAACCAACCUUUUAUCACUACUAAUCAAUCGAGAAGAAAAUGGAACUUAAAACAGUGGCAUUUAUUUUUAUACUUCUAUAUACCGUACAUGGCAAACCAACAGAAUCUACUCAGGACUCCUACGAUUAUUUCCAGAACGACAACUACGAGGAUGAAAAUGACCAACCAGCAGAAUACGAAGAAGAAGAUAAAGAUGAUGUUAAUGAAGAAAACAACAAACCAUUAGAAAUAACCAGUUUGGGGCAGGAGUUUCUGGCAAACUUGAGUGGAACAGUAGUUCUGCCGUGUGCUAUUGUUGGAAAAAAUUACGUCCAACUUUGGACAAAGAAGAAAGUAACCGAUCAAAAUUCGGAAAAGAAGGGACCCAUCCUUUUCCAAUCUGGAAUAGCAGUCGCACCUUCCCCCAACAUGAAACUCCUCGAAGACGGUUCUCUGGAAAUAUCAAAUAUUCACCCCCAAGACGAAGGUGUUUACGAAUGUGCCGCCAUGGACACGGCUAACAACAGUCCGAAAAUCCACCACAAAGUCACAGUAACUGUUCAACCAACAAUUGAUUUUCUUAUGACCAAAGAUAACAGAACAAGRUUCAAGAGCGGAGACACUUUGGAAUUGAUUUGCAAAGCCCAUGGCCACCCCAAGCCGGCGAUUUCGUGGCACAAAGGCUCCAAGAGGUUCGAAAUCGAGGGUGAAGUUUUAACAAUCAACAAUAUCAAACACCACGAUGCUGGGACAUACAAAUGUUUGGCUGAUAAUAAAGUUGGGGAGCCGGCAUUCGGGCACAUAAAUAUCAAAAUCGAUUUCAAGCCUGUGAUAACCGUUGAGAGGAUUAGUGUUAGUUCUGAAAACAACUCUGAGACUGAAUUACAGUGCCUSGUCCACUCGGAACCCAAAGCUGCCGUUGUUUGGAUCAAAGACAACGUAAAUAUCGUCAACAGCCCCCGAAUCCAAAUAGUGUCCAAAGACCACGAAUACAACCUCGUUUUGAAAGACUUGCACGAUUCGGACUUCGGGGUUUACACGUGUUCCGCCACCAAUUAUCUCGGGAACACGAAAAAGCACAUCAAGUUGGUCAAAACUCCGGCGAUUGUUCGCAUCACCAAGUCUCGAACGGAAGCCAACGAAGUCGUAUUGACGUGGGAAGUGCAGUCGAAAUCUAAUCUCUCUGAUCACGAUUUCGUCUACAGGAAAAAAGGGGAGUCCCACUGGAAGAAGAUUUAUCCAGAAGUGGCCCCAAUGGGGGACGAACAUUAUUCCGUCAAAUACACUUUCGAGAAGAGUCUCGAUCCUGGGGAUUAUGAGACGAAAAUGAGGUCGGCAAAUGRCUAUGGCUGGUCGGAAUAUUCCGACGUUGUGGACUUCCAGAAAGUUCAUAAUAAACACGGACACCACAAAGAUCAGAAAAAAGGUCAUAAACACGGAAAAGAAAGACAAAUAACUACACCUACACCACCCACAGAACCUGCAGAACACCAAGAAAGCGAAAUUAAAAGUGGAUCUGUUAAAGACUCGUCGAAAUCAGUUACUGAGUCAUCAGCUUCUCCCGUUACUCCAACUGCGCUAAUGACUAGUAUCGCCUUAAUUACCUUUCUACAAUCACUGAGGAUAUAAUACACGAGAAGUUUGUGUAAUGGAGGAACUUAUCAGCACACUUACUGGUAGCUUAAAAAGUUAAACCAAAGUAUUUAAAGUAAUUUUAAGUAAAUUAUAAAACAGUUGAUUUAUUCUUGUAUACUUACCUUUACUUACUGUAAAUUCAGUAACUGUACAUAUAUACGUAUAUGUUAGUUUUGUACGAUUUAUUGUGUUCAUUUUAGUUGACUUGAGUGCUUUUUUGCAUCGUUAUUUUGUGAAUUUUCUUCCCUGCCUACUCGACAAUCUGAUAUUCGCAAAUCAAAAAGUUGGCAAUGACUAACUUUAAAAAUAACUUUAAGUUACCUGUACCUAAUUAGAGUUAAUACUUAGGUCAGUAUUCAAAAAAAAAACAAUUUUUGGAAAAAGUUUAAAUUUUGUAAUUUCUGAACAAACGUAGCUACAUUACAUUCCUUAUCUCCACUCACGACGAUUUUUUACUGUUUUUGUAGUAGUAAUCAUUUUGCAGGAGUUGAAAUUACGAGUUAAGCUUUUUUCAAAAUUUUCAAGAUUAUCAAAAUCAUAGCUGUCUAGUCUAUCAACUGACUUUUUGUUCAUAUUUCAUAUCAUUUUGACCAAAUUUGGCACAACUUUGCCAUACAAGCCGCCUUCGUAAUAAUUUCAAGUGUAUGGUGCAGUUGAGUUGAAUUUUUUAUACAUCUUUAGUUAAGUUUUAGGCAUAAAUAAUUAAUUGUAAAUACUGUGUGUGAUGUGAACAUGUAUUUAUAAUGACUCUUGUUCUAUUUUUUAUUAUAUUUUUCUAAAAACCAUAAUGCCUAAAGUUCCCUGAACAUUUAACAAUUUUUUUUUUGUAUUUGUCGUUGUUUUACUUUGCAAAGUGUAUAUGGGGAACUAGUAAAUGCCUUACAAUUAGAGCAAAGUGUUUAUAUAAACUAAAAAAUUGUUGCUUUUUAUUUCGAUUGUUGCAAGGGGUUCAUAAAUAGAUCAGUUGCAAGGUGAACUAAAUGAAAAUUCAAUCUGUUUCAGCAAGCAUAUCACGAGUUUUUGGAAAUUUUACAGCAACUGGAACGGACUGGUCUAUUUCCUCUUUGUAAUGUUAAUGUAAAUGAAUGUAUAGAUUAAAAAUUGACCAAAA